AUGCAAGGCUCCUCACAUCAAGUGAUCCCUAUAUUCAAUGGGAAGAAGUACGACUUCUGGAGCAUCAAGAUGGCAACCAUAUUUCGAACCAGAAAUUUAUGGUCGGUGGUUGAAGAAGGCGUGCCAGCUGGACCAGUGCAAAAGGGAGAAACCCCUGAAACUGCAAGAGCAAAGACACUCAAAGAAGAUGUAGAGGCGAAUGACACGAUGGCUUUGCAAAUUUUACAAACUGCCGUAACUGAUCAAAUCUUCUCACGAAUUGCAGCAGCAUCAUCAUCAAAAGAGGCGUGGGAUGCACUGAAGGAUGAAUACCAAGGCUCUCCACAAUUAAGUUAUCAUGGUGAAAAGGAAUCAAAUUCUCAACUCAUACAGAAGUUACUCAUCUCUCUCCCAGCCAAGUUUGAUAGCAUUCACGAGAAGCGAGAGUUACUGCACGAGAAGAAAGCACAAGAGAGGGAGCAUUCUAUGUUCGUUCCAAAGGAAGAGAAUCCGGUUUCAAACAAGACAACACCAACAGCCAUGUCAAUCAAGGCAAGAAGUGGUGUGGUUUUCACAAGAGCAAAAACCACUCAGCAGAAGAGUGUCGAAACAAACCGAAGAAGACGAUCAUGGCAAGAAACAGAAGAUGCAAGUGAGGAAUCAACCACAACGUUAGGCGCAGAUGUUUGGCUGAUCGACAGUGGCUGCACAAAUCAUAUGACGAAAGAAGAACGGUACUUCUCUCACAUCAACAGAAGUAUCAAAGUGCCAAUUAGAGUUGGAAAUGGAGAUAUAGUCAUGACAGCCGGUAAAGGAGAUAUUACCGUCAUGACUAGCCAUGGCAAAAAAAUCAUCAAAAAUGUUUUCUUAGUGCCUGGUUUGGAGAAGAACCUACUGAGUGUUCCUCAAAUCAUCUCAAGUGUCUAUCAAGUACGUUUUCAAGACAAGAGAUGCAUCAUCCAAGAUGCAAAUGGUAAGGAGAUCAUGGAUAUUCAAAUGACAAACAAAAGCUUCAAGAUCAAGUUGAGUUCAGUAGAAGAAGAAGCCAUGACGGCAAAUGCACAAAUGGAGGAAACAUGGCACAAGCGACUUGGCCAUGUAAGCAGCAAGCGUUCGUAA